CGAAAAUCAAAUGCCCAAGCGCAAGCAGCCAGACGCGCACGUCGACGCGGACGCGUUCGCCCGCGACGGCUACGUCGUCAUCAAUGGCUUCCUGACGCAAGCGCAGCUCCACGCACUGCGCGCAGAGUGCGAUGAUUUGUACGCAGCAACGACCCCCGAGGCCAUCGUGGAGCUCGGCUGUGUACUUGAUCCGUUCGCCACCGCCCACAUGACUCGAAGCGCACGAACGCAGCGCGAUGUGUACAUGACCACGCGUCGCAAGCAAACGCGCGCAACGUCCGAGAGCGAUUGCAUCGAGACGCUUCUCUUUGAAGACCUUCCGCAAGCCCUCGCGCCUCUUUUUGGCCACACGGAAGAUGUGCCAGGCGACGUCUACUUCUUCAACGAGCACUAUGUCGUCAAGCCGCCAGAGACAAACGUCGAGUUUCGAUGGCACCAGGACGACGCAGAGCAGCUCGGCAUGUGCGUACAUCGGUCGUCGAUCCCGUGGUACCUCUCUGCGUGGGUUGCGCUCGACGACGUCACAGCAACGAACGGCGCGCUUCGAUUUCUUCCGUGGACACAUCACCCGUAUGGCGUCGAAGACCCCGCCGACUUGGAUUUAGCGGCGGCAACAGCCCCGCUUGCAGUUGCUGCGGGCGCCGCCGUCGUCUUCCGGUCAGACAUUUGGCACUUUUCCGCUGUGAAUGCAACGUCGACGGCCCGCCGCGCCUUCUACGCCCAGUACACGCCGCAGGCCAUUUACAGCUCACCUCGCACCACCAUCGACCCCCUCUGCUGUGCCAUUCGAAGUGACCAGAAGCUGCCUCGACGCUAAGAAAUGCGAAGUGCGUUCUCGUCGUCGUUGCUGGUCCUGGGUCAAUA